GACCAGAUCGCGUCUUGACAAUAUCUUCAUCGGACAUAACUGAAGCUUUUCAUAUGGCAAUGCUGCGACACUGCUUGCCCAGAUACAUUGCUGGUCUUUUAGAUCCUGGUCAGUUCUUUCGCCUGUCUUCGCUGAGGUUUGCAUCCAAGAAGGCUGGUGGGAGCAGCAAGAACCGUGGUGGGAAGAGUGCUGGCAAAAGAUACGGCAUCAAGAAGCAAGAUGGAAACUUUGUCCAUGCUGGCAACAUCCUGGCAACACAAAGGCUACUGAGGUACCACCCAGGAGCGCAUGUUGGGAUGGGAACCAAUAACACUCUAUAUGCGCUUGAAGAUGGUUGCAUCAAAUUCACCAAGGAGGUCUACAUCCCCCACCCUCGCAGUAUGGAGACGAGCCAGAUAAUCACCAAGCUUGCCAAUGGAUCUUUGCUUUACAAAACAUUCAUCAACAUUAUUCCAGUCAAGCAAGAACCCACCUUCAAACUGGUUAGCAUGGUCUAAACUCUAAACCCUCAUGUGAGGACAAAAAACAAUAGCUUCUGAUUAAAUGCCUCAAAACUGAAUUCACAUUUUACAUUGCCUCCAAAAACAUGUACUGUUAAAGAUGAACCAAAUUUUCAGAAAAGACGUCACACUCCAGCUCACUGAGCAUUUAACUUGGAUUGAUGUUUUGCAUCCAGUUAAUAAUAAUAUCCAUAAUAAUAGUAAUAAUAGCAAUGAUAAUAAUAAUACCGUUUUUUUCCGUGUAUAAUGCACCCCCAUGUAUAAUACGCACCCUAAAAAGGACAUGUUGAUGCUGGAAAAAAGCCUAUACCCAUGUAUAAUACGCACCCAAUUUUUAAAAAAAAAAUUAAAAAACAAAAUGUUAAUUUUUUUUUUUUUUUUUUUUUUUGAAGUCCCAAUGAUCGUCACACACGCAGGGAGGCAAUGGGUCCCAUUUUUAUAGUCUUUGGUAUGGUCCUAACUAGGCUGGAUGUAAUUUUUUUUGUUGGCGUUGAUUUCUCCGACUGCCCGUAAAGGCACCACCGCGAUCAGAUGAAAAGAGAGGAAAGUGGCGCGCGGACAUGUGAAAAAGGCGGCUCUGUAUGGGAGAGAUGUUGAAGAGGAAUAAAAACGCCCUUGGAAACCAAAACUUGCCCCUCAUCGUGACUCGGAGCCGCAACAAAUGUUUCGGAUUUGUGUAGGGUACAUUGUGACAGCAAACGAGCAGGUGAUCGAGCAAGCGUCUGAUACGAGAGCAUUGCGGUCGUAUGGAGCGUGUUUGAAGUGAACAGCAGAGACGAAAGGAACAAGGCAAAGUGUUGUGAAAUAAAAUAUUACCUGUAAUACGCACUUUGUUAUUUGCUGAUUGCUACUGCUAAUUAAUCUGUGAAUUGAAACUAAUAGGAAGAAAGCAACUCUCGCUCUUUAUAUAGCUGACGUGUCUUGCGCAUCCGUUCUGCGCAUGGGAUCCAUAGUGCGCAUGCGCAGUCAUACUGCCUCCGUAUGACGUCCGGUCCGCGAUGGAGAUUUAAAAACAAACAAAAUUUGACAAUAACACACCAUCAAGGAUUGCACCAUCGCAUCAAACGAUGUGUCGUCAAUUAUGAAUUUUACUGAGUAAGUGUGUUGGGCAGGAUGGCUGAAUGCGAUGCGCGAUUGACAACAAACAAGAAGAAAGGUGAUUUCAAGUUUUAUUUCGAGGGAGAUUUGUCAUGUCUCUUCCCCAGUUUUGCUAUGUGUCUAGGUUGCCAUAGUUUCUGUUGGCGUCGUCCCUCUCUUUCUGUGUCACCUCAAUCAAUGUAACGUGUUUUGUAUUUAAGUCCUGUCUGCGCCUCGCUCACCGUCGGAUCAUUGGAUGUGUUACUGUCAUGAUGUCUGUUUGGUUUCUGUUCCUGUCUUUGGUAAUGUCACCCAGUCUUUUUGUUCCACGUCUUUGUCGGUCAGUCCUGUUGUUGGUUUUGUUGUACCAUGACUUUCUUAAAAAAAAUAAUAAUAAUAAUUAAUAAAAAAAAUUUAAAUUUUAA